AUGGGGCCCAGGACAGAGAGAGGGAACGGAAUCGCCACAACAGACAUCAUCGGGAUAGGAAGGAACACCGAGACCGUCCUGACAACCAUGUUCAUCACAGAGGCUGUGAUUCUGAAAGGAGAAGAGACCAUGAAAGAGAUGGCCACAGGAGGCAUCGAUCUCGAUCAAGGGGCAGGGAUCGCAGAUCUAGAUCUCGUUCUCGUUCAAGAAGUAUUCAAAAUUCGGUCUUCCAUUUUAUACUUCAGUUUCACAUCAUUCACUGAUACCCAUUAUGUUGAGUUGAAGCAGCAAUUCAAUCCCCUUGUCAUCCAGCCACAAGCAAUGACUCAACAGACAGUGGCAAUUUACUUUAAUCAAGUCAUGGCUGCUAUUGGAGGAAACACUGCUGGUCCAGGCGAUGCUAUUCAUAAUGUCUACAUAAACCAUGAUAAGAAAUUUGCUUUUGUGGAAAUGAGAUCUGUCGAGGAAGCAAGCAAUGCAAUAGCCCUGGAUGGCAUUUUGUUUGAAGGGUCUCCAGUGAAGGUUAGAAGGCCAACAGACUAUAACCCUUCUCUGGCUGCUGCACUGGGCCCAAACCAGCCAAGCCCCAAUCUGAAUCUUUCUGCAGUUGGCCUAACAGCAGGAUCUGCUGGAGGGUUAGAAGGUCCAGAUCGUAUUUUUGUGGAUGGCCUUCCCAAUUACUUCACUGAAGAUCAAGUUCGGGAGUUGCUUGAAUCAUUCGGUCCUCUACGUGGAUUCGAUCUUGUGAAGGAUAGGGAAACCGCUGGGGCUAAAUCCCGCCAUUUAGAACAUUGGACAAAAACCUUACUGUCAGACGAGCAAACAAGGCGGGGGCAUCUCAGCCCAGACCAGAGCAGGAAAGUAUCCUAUUACAGGCACAGCAACAGGUGCAGUUACAGUCAGGUUGUACGUUUACCGUUGAUGUUGGGUUCUGUUCCUGAGAGUUGCUCUUGUGAACAGAAACUUGUGUAUAAAAUUGGAGCACUGCCUACAAAGGUUGUUUGCCUCACCCAGGUGGUAAGUGCAGAUGAAUUGAAAGAUGAUGAAGAGUAUGAGGACAUUAUGGAAGACAUGAGGAUAGAAGCAGGCAAAUACGGAAAUUUGGUGAAAGUUGUGAUCCCACGUCCUGACCCCAGUGGACAGCCAGUUGCAGGCGUUGGAAAGGUGUUCCUGGAAUAUGCAGAUGUUGAUGGUGCUGCCAAAGCAAAGACGGCAUUGCACGGAAGGAAAUUCGGUGGGAACCCCGUGGUUGCGGUUUUCUACGCGGAGGACAAAUUUGCCAAUGAGGAAUACGAUGGAUAA